AUGGAACCGAAGGCAGAAGUCGGCGGCCCGACGCGUCCAAUCUUGCGACUGCGGCGCAACAAUACUCCCUCUGAGAGAGAUGCAGCACCGCUCCCCACGCUUCGGCUAAGUAAGAAAGAGAGAAAGAAGAAGGCUGCGGCAGCGGAUGAGCAGAAACAGGAGCAAUACGAAGAGGUGAUUCACUGGAUCCGCUGCGACCGCUGCGACAAGUGGUGUAAAUUGCCGGAGAAGCUGGAACCGUCCCCGGAGUACUGGAACUGUUCCUUUAUUGGUCGAAAGUGCGCGGUGUCCAAAAAGAAGGCGAAAGAGGAGGCGGAGAAGCAGCUGCACCAACAGCAACCACAGACAAAGCGGCGUGGACAAAAGAGCACGCGUAAUGAACAAGGGGGUGACGUGAAAAAAGUGGCAAGACGCGGACAAAAGAAAGAAACCCACGAGACUGUGGAUGAGGCGGUGCCGCCUGAGGUGGACGAAUCGGAGGGUGACAGGCAAACACUUCUUCAGGCAUACGUUUCCAAGGCAAAGGAGAGAGGAAAACCCAAGCGUCGGCAAGUGGGACGGCGGUAUCGCGUACGCUCACCCUCUGCCUCCUCCUCCUCUUCUGGCGGCACGGCAGACGACAGCAGCAGCAGUAGUAGUAGUAGUAGUACCACUACGACCGAUAGCAGCAGCAGCAGCGACAGUGCAACGCCGCCGCGACGGGGUGGUCGGGGUCACAAGCCUCGUAAACCACCGGCCGCCAAGGCCUCGAAGAUGAGAAAGCACAGGAAACGUCGUAGGACCUCCAGCAGUUCAUUCGAAGAUGACACCGACAGCGAUAGCGGCAAGGGCGUGCACGCAGCGCGCCGCGGGCCUCCGCAGUCCCCUGCCUUGACAGCAGAGAGGCUUGCGGAGCUCGAGGCGGCCAUGGACGAGGUGGAAACCUUGCAGCUGGAGGAGCACAACGUUAAAGAAAUUCUCGCGAGGCUCCGAAGCAUAGAAAAAGGUCUGCGGUGA